AUGUUGACAGACGAGGGUCAUGCAACCGGUGAGGACGAGGAAUGGGGAAACGAGAGCGAGGCGAUGCCAGGAGAACCUCGUACGCCAAGCUCUGGCGGGGAGCGACCAGCCUCUAGCGGUGGCGCAUCGCCUACUUCGGAAGGUUCCGCUGCUGCUUCUCCACCACGCCUUCGUCUUAAUGCUAGUCUAGCCACAGACCCGGCUCUUGCACCUCAAGCUACAUCUCUAAAGCAUGAACCGCCAUCACCAUCACCCCCGCCGCCGCCAGCUAGAGAUUAUGGUUUGGCACUUACAGCAGCGAACUUCUCAGUGCUAUUUCCAGCAGCGGCCGCAACUCCACCUGGUUACAUGUGUAAACCAUGUGGCAUUCGAUAUUCUUCGCUAAGCACUCUACAGGCACAUCAAGAACAUUACUGUUCAAAACGCAGAACUAAGCCUGAUGGAACAGAAGCACCUGCAGAAGCGGCAGCAGAUGAAUCAAGCGGUGAUUCUAAAACACCUCGGCCACCAGGCAAGCAAUAUGCUUGCACUUAUUGCUCAUACAGCGCCGACAAGAAAGUUAGUUUGAAUCGGCAUAUGCGAAUGCAUUCUUCAUCACCUGUUAGUAGUGGUACGCCUGUACCAACACCCACUUCUAACGGUGAAGCUGUAGAGGGACCACCAGCCCAAGAUCGUUAUUGUGUAGAUUGUGAUAUCCAUUUCACUUCGGUCAAAACAUAUCGAGCUCAUAAAGCACAUUACUGUAAUACCAGACAAGUUGUCAAGCAAGUUUUAGCUGCAGCUAGAACGGGAUCUGCUACUUCAGGAUCUGCUCCACCAUCUCCAGGGGCAACUCCUCCUGCCCAAAGUCAAUAUGCAUUAGCUUUACCAACGAAUCCAAUUCUAAUAGUUCCAUAUUCAAUAUUACAAAGCGCUAGUAGACUUCCAGGCGCCACAUUGCCAGAUCCAGAUACACCAUGCUUUUUAUUACCAAAUGGAACUCUACAACCCAUUAGCCGGGCUUUACCAAAUAUAAAUUCAGAGUUAAAAGAACCUGAAGUUUUAAAAUCCGCAAAUAGACCACGUGAACCAUCACGGGAUGGAGCCACACCUUUAGAUCUGAGCGUCCGUCGUACCCCAGAAUCUGUAAUAACUGAUGAACACGAAAAAGAAAAUAGAAUGCGUUCUACUACGCCAGAGCAAAUAGUUUGCGCCCCCUCAUUACCUGGAUCUCCUGGAACACCAUCUCCUUCAAGAAGAUCAUCUUCACCCAGUGGGGAAAGUUCUCCAAAGCGACGCCGUCGUAAUUCAAGAGGGCCGACACCUAAACCACCUUGUGUACCUUCACCGCCUGAAGAAAAAUUUACACCAGUACCCUCUCCAAUUAUGCCACCCGCCCUAGCGUUACGACUAGCGACUGAAUUACCUGUAACAACAGCGUCCCCUCAAGUAUUGGUCAAACAAGGCGUAUCAAAAUGUAUAGAAUGCAAUAUUGUUUUUUGCAAAUUUGAAAACUAUCGUAUUCACAAACGAUAUUAUUGUUCAGCUGGGGGAGGAGAAGAGAGAACCAGCCCAGCACCUCCGGAACCUGGUCCACCUCCACAAUACAGACAACUAAUUUGCUUGGCAUGUGGUAUACACUUUAGUUCAUUAGACAAUUUGACAACACAUCAAUUAUAUUACUGUACAAAAAGAGAGACCAGAUCGCCACGUAGUUUACCGGAAGCUCCGAGGCCUUCGUCGGGAUCUGAUGGUGGAUGGAAAUGUCCAUGUUGUGACGUAGUGUCACCGACGGCUGCGGCAGCGCAGCGACACAUGGAGUCUCACGCUGGAGUCAAAGCGUUUCGCUGCACGAUCUGCAGAUACAGAGGAAACACGCUAAGAGGCAUGCGAACUCACAUACGUAUGCAUUUUCGCGAAAAACCAGCUGAUCUUCAGGAGGAGAGCUAUAUCUCAUGCGUGCUCGAAGAAGAUAAUCGCGAGACCACUUCACCCAGCCCAGCGGUGGGAGACCGGGUCCACAGGUGUGGGUCGUGCGCUUAUACCUCCACGUACCGCGGUAAUGUAGUGCGACACGCGCGUCUUGUCCACGCCACAGAGGACCCCGAGCCCGAAGAACAGACGUCCCCAAUACCUCCUGUCGAUAUUAAAAAAGAACCAGAGACUGAAGAGGACACGCCUAAUUUCUGCAAGUCCUGCAAUAUACCGUUCAAAUACGUAAACACGUAUAAGGCUCACAAACAGUUUUACUGUACUGCAAACCAAGAUACGGCCGCCAACAAUAACGUACCAGCAAGGGUCAACGACGCUCCUGUUGUA